UUUAUCAAGCAAUCAAUCACUUGCAAACUACCUGAACAUGGCUCCUCGAACAAAGAAAAAAGAUUACCUAUGGAUUUAUAACGAUGGAAACUGCAAAUCAAACAUGUACGAAUUUCAUAAGGACUUACAAGAACACAUUGAAAACUCGUAUAAACGAAAGAAAAAAACUUGCAAAGUCAGUAUUUUUGGCGUCACACAUACAAUCGACUUUGAGAAAAUGCUCAAGUACAGAAAUCGACCCAAUACUUCAGAAGUGAAGCGAAUCACCCGUUCUCAAGCUAAGCAGUAUGGCGUUUUGGGAUGCGCCGGAGUACCAUACAUGAAAAAAGAAGGGUUCCAACAGGAUCACGACAUUUGCUACAUUUGCUACUAUAAGCUCACUAUCCCAACUCGAAUAGAGAACUGCGGGCAUGAGUUCUGCUAUGUUUGCCUGAAAAGUAACUUUGCCAUGGGUAAUGAUUGUCCCGUUUGUCGUGGGAAAAUCUCUCCAAGUCUUUUUUCGAUGCCUAUUCGCUACGACUUGGAUAUCCAUAUGCAGUGCCCCGAAGAUUAUGCUGACGAAUGUGCAGAUAUGGUUGAUAGAGAUCAUUUCCGAAAAUCUUACAUCAAAGGACAAGAACCAACAAAAUCAAAGCCUACAUUGAGACGGUCAAAACGAACGACUAGGGAAAAAUAUUAUUGGAUUUAUGAGUCAUCGUCGUUUGGUUACUAUCGAUAUGAUCCUAAAGAUGAAAAGUACCUUGAAGAAUGCUACUGUCGAAAAAUGGAAACUUGUGUGAUGCGAAUAUGCGGAACAGCAAUGCUUAUUAAUAUUAAAGACGGUGUGCAAGAACAAGUUGAGAAUGAAGUUAGGUGCACAAGGAGAAAAAUAUUAAGAAUCAAAGCAACGGAAAUUGAAAAAUAUAAUAUUAAAGGAAUUGCUGGCAUUAACUCUUACUGUCGACCAAUUCGUCGAUAGUUUUGAGCUGUUUUCCUCUGGUCUCUUACUCUGCUUUGUGGAUACAUUCUUCUAAUUUUCUGGGUUUUUCGAAGGCAUUUUAAGUUCGACUUAACAAAUUGACACCUUCAAAACACCGUAUUAUCUCUAUCAGUUUUGCUUCAAAAGUAACCAUUACAUUUUCAAGUGCAACACUAAUACUGACAAUACGGUUGUUUUAUCUUCAAAAGUUUGUGUAUAUAUUUACUAUUAGUAGGUGACUUAUUCAACAAAGUCCCUUCACAAGUGUGUAAGUUUCAUGUUCUUGCCUAUUAUCACUUCAACUUCACUAGUUACAAAAUAGUCAACUGGAUUUAUAAAUUACAGUUUUUCAUGUAUCAGUUUUGCACCUCAUUUCUCAACGUUAUCAGCCCAUAUUUCGAAUGCCUGUGAAUUAAUCAAAAACAAUUGUCAGGUAAAAAUUAUUUGUAGUUAACUAAGGAUUUAUGUAUUUGAAAUGACCCGAGAUGACAACUGAAGUAGAGUAAAUGGGUGCAAUUCCAAUUUAUGAAAUAGUUUGAGUUCCGGAUCAGAAGACAACUCCGUAGAAAACCCAACGUCUUCAAAUGUGUAUGUGUAUAUUGAAUCUCCAAAUUUUCUGUGCCUAUUAAAAUUUUUUAUGAAUAUUGGCCUUGUGAACUGAUAAUGUACAGUUAAUUCUUUGGAUAUGUUUUGCCUCAAUCAAUAAAUGCCUUUCAUCACUA